AUGUCCAUCGAGGAUGCUCUCCAGGAGGUCCUCAAGAAGGCUCUCAUCCACGACGGUCUCGCCCGUGGUCUCCGUGAGUGCGCCAAGGCUCUUGACCGUCGUCAGGCCCACCUCUGCGUUCUCGUCGAGACCUGCAACGAGCCCGAGUACCUCAAGCUCAUCGAGGCCCUCUGCAACGAGCACAAGAUCGACCUGCUCAAGGUUUCCGACCCCAAGACCCUCGGCACCUGGGCCGGUCUCUGCAAGAUCGACCGCGAGGGUAACCCCCGUAAGGUCGUCGGCUGCUCUUGCGUCGUCGUCAAGGACUACGGUGAGGAGUCUGAGGGUCUCAACGUCCUCCUCGAGUACUUCAAGAGCCGUUAA